AUGUCUGGAUUCGAUGACCCAGGAGUUUACUACAGUGACAGCUUCGGUGGUGGGGAAGCGAUUGGUGACGAAGGAGUCGUAAAACGGAGUCAAAUUAAGAAAAGAUUUCGUGAAUUUCUGAGGCAGUUCAGGGUCGGGACUGAUCGCACCGGAUUCACAUACAAAUACAGAGAUGAGUUGAAGCGACAUUACACAAUGGGGGAGUAUUGGGUGGAGGUGGAGAUGGAGGAUUUGGCCAGUUUUGAUGAAGAUCUGGCUGAUUGCCUCCACAAACUACCCACUGAAAACCUUCCGCUGUUCGAGGAGGCAGCACAGGAAGUGGCCGAUGAGGUCACGCGUCCUCGGCCAGUGGGGGAGGAGACUGUGCAGGACAUCCAGGUGAUGCUGAAGAGCGACGCCCACCCCGCGUCCAUCCGUAGCCUGAAGUCUGAACAAGUCUCCAAGCUGGUGAAGAUUCCCGGUAUCAUCAUCUCUGCGACGGCGGUUCGGGCGAAAGCCACGCGGGUGUGUCUGCAGUGUCGAGGGUGCCGUGCAGUCAUCAGUAACAUCCCCCUGCCCCCUGGUCUCCAGGGUUACGCCCUGCCCCGCAAGUGUAGCACUGAGCAGGCAGGUAGGGUGAAGUGCCCAGUGGAUCCAUACUUCAUCAUUCCUGACCGGUGUGUGUGUGUGGAUUUCCAGACGCUCCGUCUGCAGGAGUCUCCCGACGCUGUGCCUCACGGAGAGAUGCCGCGCCACAUGCAGCUCUACUGUGACAGGUAUCUGUGUGAUCGCGUUGUCCCCGGCAACCGGGUGACCAUCAUGGGAAUCUACUCCAUUAAGAAGAUCGCGCAGGCCAAGAGCAAAGGUCGCGAUAAGGCGGCGGGCGUCGGCAUUCGCUCCGCCUACCUGAGAGUGGUGGGCAUUCAGGUGGACACUGAAGGAGCAGGUCGUGGUGCUGUUGGUUCUGUUUCUCCUCAGGAAGAGGAGGAGCUUAGGACUUUGGCAUCCUCCCCCACCAUCUACGAAUCCCUCGCUCGCUCUCUCGCUCCAUCGAUCUACGGCAGCGAGGACCUGAAGAAAGCCAUCGCCUGUCUGCUCUUUGGAGGAUCCAGAAAGAGGCUGCCUGAUGGUUUGACACGUAGAGGAGACAUCAACCUGUUGAUGUUGGGAGAUCCCGGUACAGCCAAGUCACAGCUGCUGAAAUUUGUGGAGAGGUGCUCUCCCAUUGGGGUGUACACCUCUGGUAAAGGCAGCAGUGCAGCUGGUCUAACCGCGUCUGUCCUCAGAGACCCCAACACUCGGGGCUUUAUUAUGGAGGGCGGGGCUAUGGUGCUGGCUGACGGGGGAGUGGUCUGCAUCGAUGAGUUUGACAAGAUGAGAGAAGAUGACAGAGUCGCUAUCCAUGAAGCCAUGGAGCAACAGACUAUCUCAAUCGCUAAGGCUGGCAUCACCACCACCCUGAACUCUCGUUGCUCCGUCUUGGCGGCCGCCAAUUCCGUCUUCGGGCGUUGGGACGACACCAAGGGCGAAGACAACAUCGAUUUCAUGCCCACCAUUCUGUCUCGAUUCGACAUGAUUUUCAUCGUCAAAGACCAGCACGACCAGGAGAGAGAUAUGACUCUGGCCCGACACGUGAUGAAUGUCCACCUGAGUGCCCAGACUCAGACAGAGGGAGUGGAGGGAGAGAUUCCCCUGGCCACGCUGAAAAAAUACAUCGCUUAUGCCAGAGCGAAAUGCGGCCCUCGCUUGUCUGCGGCGGCUGCAGAGAAGCUGAAGAACAGAUACGUUUUGAUGAGGAGUGGAGCGAGGGAUCACGAGAGAGAGAGUGACAAGAGAAGCUCCAUCCCCAUCACUGUCAGGCAGUUGGAGGCAGUGGUGCGUAUCGCCGAGUCUCUGGCUAAGAUGAAGCUCCAGGCGGUGGCUGGAGAGGAGGAGGUGGAUGAAGCUCUCCGUCUCUUCCAGGUGUCCACGCUGGACGCAGCUCUGUCCGGCAGCCUCUCAGGUGUGGAAGGUUUCACCACUCAGGAGGAUCAGGAGAUGAUCUCUCGCAUUGAGAAACAGCUGAAGAGACGUUUUGCCAUUGGCUCCCAGGUCUCUGAGCACAGCAUCAUUCAGGACUUCACCAAACAGAAGUACCCAGAACACGCCAUCCACAAAGUCCUUCAUCUGAUGUUGAGGAGAGGAGAGCUCCAGCAUCGCAUGCAAAGGAAAGUGCUCUACAGGGUUAAGUAG